GCUCACAACAAUCGCACAGUAGUUUCUAUGAUCCAGCGAGUGCUGAGUCAGUAUAAAUUUGGCACCGCCAAGAUUUUUUCACUCGUGUUCCCUUACGCUUGCAAAAAUGUUUUUUUGGCGUCAGAUUUAAUUACUAUCUCAAAGAACGAAGGAAAAGACCCUAAGCGAGGACAAGCUUGCGUGAUUACCUCAAAGCGAGCAAAGGCUGAGUGCAUGAAGAGAGACAGAGACGAAAAAAUAUUGGCAGAGUUUGGAAAUUUUAUCGGGACGUAAGAGUUUGCUGAUCAGCAGUCGUGUGAGAGUAAAAUGGAUCUGAUCAAGGUUACCUAAUUCCUCUUCAUUUAGUUUUUUCAUCAUCUUCUUGUUUCGAGGAUAGAAGUCCAGAUUAUCCGACUCGCUUCUCUCAUUUUGUUGAUCCCUGCAUUUGAUUCCCCUUCAUUGAUUCCAUGCCCAUCGCUCUUUAACCCCGAUCUGGAUCAAUACUUUGUACAUGAGACACUGUCCUCUUUCGUCCAGUAUGUAUCGCAUCCAUUAGUGUGCAUCUACUUAGACUGACUUGAACGACGACAGAGGUCGACUCUGAGACAUGAUGCUGGGUCAAUUUGCGAGACGGGCACUCAAAGUGCGACCGAACGCGAUCCAGAGCCGAGCACUCGGUAAGGCAUUCGAACUUAGUUUUUAUGGCUUCAUUUCAUGAGGAUACUGCCUUGAGAAGCAUUGGCUAAUCAAAUGAGGCUUUUACCACAUCUGUAGGCGUACGAAAAUGGCGUGGAUGUAUCGUGCUAAAGAACGAACUUUCUAAUCGGUGGUGUAUUUUUCAAUUCGAAGACCGACGUCCAGAAUGUGCAUUUUGAUUAUAUGUAGGUACAGCAAAGCGAGGGAAGGAUAUUCUGGAUGUCAAUAGCACAAUGCAGACAGCGCAGAGGUUUUUCACGAAUCCGGCACUAACGUAUUGCAUCCUGAUAGGAUGAAGGAUUGCUUUCUACCUGAUUCAAGAGGGUAUGACAUCGAUCUAUACAUUCAUAAGGAGAUGAUCAAUUUGAAUUUGUUCGUUGUUGAGCAAAUGCUGCCGAGAGUGUUUACCAAAAAACGAUAGCAUGAAGUUGCGCUAGCGCAUUUGAUUUCUUAGGUUUUAUCGACGUCUUUUUAGUUUUUACAAAUUAAGGUAUGUCGAGUUCAAGUAUCAGUGCGAUGCGGUUCGAUUUUUCGCGUUCUGGGGAUUGACGGGCCUAUUGACACUGGACUUGAUUGUUCGACCACUGAAGAGCUCGUAUUUUUGCCAAUGGGGACCAACGUGGUGGCCCAGCAACCUCGUCUCACUCUUCUAUGCUGAUACUUGCGACGUCUUCCUCCAGAAACCUCCCACUUUUGCUGGUACCUCACCAGGAGAGGCUGCGUCGGACCUCAGCAAGCUGAAAUGAAGAUGAGCGAGGCUGAGUCAUUCCUUAAGCCCCUGGACUCGAUUUUCCUUCAGACGGUGCAGCGCAACAGCGCAUUUGGCUGUCAAGAACAGCUGUACCUAUUAGAACAUUCAUGCCUCCGUGAUGUACACCAGGUCUCGGAUGCGGAUAGGUGCAUCCACCAUUCUGUGUUGACAUAUCAUUCGUUUUACUCCCGUCAAAAUACUAUGUGUGUGUGUGUGUGUGUGCCAAAGUACUUAUCACUAAUUUCGGAAAUUUCUUUUGCGCCGAUCGAACGUCUGCUUGUAAUGUGUGUACCAAAGCACAAAAAUGCUCAAGAGAUCAGAUAGGAGUCGUUCUUUAUGGAGCGACCCUAUUCAAAGACCGCUCAUACGAUGAAAUGUUGAUGUGCAUUUGCAUUCUAAUGACAAAAAUACUACUUAUGGCACAC